AUGGAAACACCAUUAUACUAUGACUAUGAUAAUGAAACUGACUAUCCUUUCACGGACGUUCCACCAUGCAUCGUUGAAGCUGGGAACCAUCUGGGAGCCCAGCUAUCCAUUCUUUAUUACUUUAUGUUCAUCUUCAGUCUCCUUGGCAACGGGCUGGUGCUAAUGAUCAUAAACCGGUUCGAACGGCUAACCACUGUCACCAACAUCCUGCUGCUGAACUUGGUGUUUUCCUCCCUGAUCUUCAUGAGCAGCCUGCCCUUCACAGCUGCGUACAUGCAGCUCUCCAAGUGGAUAUUUGGUGGUGUUAUGUGCAAGAUUAAUGGCAGUGUCUACUAUCUGGGAUUCUAUAGUUCUGUCCUCUUUUUAACCCUGCUGACCUUUGACCGACACCUUGCCGUCGUAUACUCUCUGGGUGCACCGCAAAUGAGGAAUCGAAACUAUGCAGUAAUCUCUUGUGCUGUGGUGUGGCUGGUCAGCGGCUUGGCUUGCAUCAGACCCAUGAUCCUCCACAACACAUUUGUGUUUAUGGGAAAGCCCUUGUGCGAUGAGUAUCCUGGUAAUCUUCCUAAUAUUGAUGUGGAAAAACUGAGAACAUCUGGAUUUUACAUUCAGCUUUUUCUUUUCCUAAUCUUUCCUCUGGUUGUUAUUAUCUACUGCUAUGUUAGGAUUGUGAUCACUGUUAUAUCAUCCAAAAUAGCUACCAAGUUCAAGACAGUCAGGCUGAUUUUCAUCAUUGUAUUGCUGUUUUUCAUUUGCUGGACUCCUUUCAACAUUGUGGUACUGAUCUAUGAUGAACCCACUACCUGUGAGGAAGUACAGAAGCGUGUUUAUGCCCUUCAUGUGACUCGUACCAUUGCCUAUAUGUACUUUUGUAUCAGUCCCCUUUUCUACACAUUUGUGGGGAAAAAAUUCCAGAAUUACUUCAGGCAGCUGCUGGUGAAACAUUUCCCAUGGUUGAAGAAGUACAUUUCUGUCAGUAAUACCACCAGAACUAACAUGUCUACCAAAAGUACCGCCAAUGAAUAUUAGUCCAAAGUCUCCCAUGUAUUUGUUUACUGGGAAAAGACAAACAAUCAUAGUAGAGUUGUAGACCAUAGCUGUUGAGAGAAUGUUGUAAAUGUUGAGAGAGCUGUUGUAUUCUAUCAUAUACAUGAUGGAUGUCUGUGAGGCCAAAUUUAAUUAGAAAGAAAAAAAUGAUGAGUUUGUUUCAUGUUGUCUUUGUCAAUUUGAUUAAAUAAAGUGGUGUAAUAGUUUGUAAAACAUUUUGCCAGACAGUGGAUCAGAAACUGCUUUUACAUUGUGUCCAACGCGACUGUAACAAGGCUACAAUUCAAUCUGGCCUCACCAUGCGAUAUGAUCAUCACUGUCUGUAGGGAAAAAAAGGGAUCUAAUCAUUAUUUUUUUCCUCAUAAAAAGAAGACAAUGAAGUGGUUGCCUUCGAAAAAAAAAUAA